CGAUAAUAGCAAAAAGCGGGAUUCGUUUGGUAAUCUUUUUAUUCUGAUGUCCAUUAUGUUCUCGGAAUAAAUCUUUUUAUAAUCGUUAUUUAAAUCCAAAAUAUUGUUGAAUAGACGUUAAGUGAUGACGAGUUUUCACAGUCAAAUUCGACCUUCCAAUCUUAUUUACUGGCAACCUGCUUUAGAACCUUUUAAUUUCAUGUAUUUAAUAUUGCACGCAUAUCAUUCAAUUUAAAGGGUAAAAGAGAGGUUUAGAUUGCAGUUGCAUUCUUUUUUAAACGGAUUCUUGGAAACGUAUUUAUUCGUUUUGAAGGGAGAGUGAAGGUAAUGAUUGAUUCCUAAUGCUUUGGAUUUCAAGAUGGAUGCAAAUGACCUUAAAUUCACAUGGAACGAAAUCACACAGGGUGUGACAACUACCAACAGUACGUCCGAUGAUGGGAACACCAGCCCUACCAUGGUGUUCUCUGUGAUCGGGGACUCCGACAGUUUCGUACCCAGACCCUGGCCAAAGACAGUGUUUCAGACAGCUCUCAUAGAGGCGGCGAAAAGUGGCGGAGAAACCUGGAUUUUGUACAAUGGAAAGAAACACGGACUAUCCAAAGUUGUAAGAGAGGCCUACAAAAACUACGAGGAUAUUGAAUUUAAAACCAGGGCUGCUAAAAAUAAAAUCAGUGAUCCAGACCGACAUGUCAAACUCAUUAAUAUUGCAGGAAAAGAGGUAUCUCAAAACACUUCAGAAAAAACCACGGAAUUCAAAACUACACGAGGGGAAGGGCAGGAAUUUCUGUUGGACUUUGAAAAAUUCGUGUCUGAACAAGACGUGUCCUUCUUUAGUCAGCAAAUGGACACCAAAAUGCCGGUUCCCAUAGCAAUCAUCGUCUGUGAGGGAGACAUCGAGACGAUAGCUCAUAUUUCAAAGACUCUCCAACACAAACUCCCAGUUAUCAUCAUGAAAGGAUCAGGAAUGGCCGCAGACUUAGUUGUCGACUAUCUAGAAAACAAAAAUUCACUUCGAAAGAAAGCCAGCAUUUUAUUAGGUAUUCGAUUUGAUGACACCACAUAUCAGGAGUUGAAAAAACAUUUGAAAAGCAUUGAUAAAGCUAAAGACUUGGUCGGAGUAUUUGACCUUGAAAGAGAUGACCCCUUAAUGCUGUCAAACAUUGUAGGGGAGACAGUAGUCAGUUGCUGGUCAAUAGAGAGUACUCUCCAAUCAUACACAAACGAGGGUGUUAAGAUACCAAAACAUGACAAAUCAAGUUUCCAUUCAGACGUCUCUCGCACAGAAGUGAAUGAAAACACAAACAAGGGUUCAUCGCUGGCUUGGAAACUUCUGCGUCGAAAUUUCGUCAGCCCCGAGGAAAAGAUCAUAUAUCAAGUUCUUGAAGGUUUUAAGGAGUCUAAGCCAUAUGUCUUGAAUCCAAAAUACUCUACCCCUACGUCCCUGCCGUUGUACUUUUAUUUCGGAUAUCAGCUUUUACAAGAACUAGAACUGAUAGAAGAAUGUGGACCCGUACUUCUGUUGGAGGCAUUGAAGGCCAACAGAUGCGAUUACGUGAGGGUUUUGUUGGAUCGAGGAGUUCAUCUAAAGAUGAUUAAUUUACCAGAACUUUAUGAACAGGCCGUUUCCUGCCAGAAAUGUAAGUUCAAAAGAAAAGAUUGUCUUCACAUGCAGUGGAUAUUAAAGCAAAUACAGGAGAAACAAGCAAAGAAACUCUGCCAUGAAUACAGAUCUAUGAUGAAGAAAAGAAUAAAGCACGGCAAUCAACAAAAUGCAAAAUAUAUUGUAGAAGAGCUUACAGAAUUAUCAGUUUCUGUAGCAGAUGCAGCCACCGGGUUAUGUAGAAAACUGUUGCGAUACAAAGAAUAUAGCACUGACGAAUUCUCAGAUAAAGAAAAGUCACCAACAAUUAACGUAAACCUUAAAGAUACGACCAUUUCUGACAUUUUACUCUGGGCAAUUUUUGCAAAUCGAAAGGAAUUGGCAGAAAUAUGUUGGCUCAGAGGCGACAACCAUCUACUGACUGGACUAGUAUGUUCGGCAAUUCUUCGAAAACUUUCAAAAAAAGCCAGCAAUGUCAAGGAGCAAAUCUUAUCCAUUGAUUUGGAGGAACAUUCAAAAUUGUUCGAAGAACGGUGCAUUAGCAUAAUGGACAGUAUGUACCAAGAAGAUUCACAACACGCGAUAGAUUUGAUGGAUGACGAGGCAGUAGUUUGGGGAAUUCACUCGAGCCCAUUAACCUUUGCUUACGAGAAUUUCAUGUAUGACGUGGUGGCUCACACGUGCUCUCAAAAAUAUAUAAACAUCAAGUGGUACAACAACUUGGCUCCUGACCUAGUGCCUUUUUUACAGUCUGCCAUUAGAAAGCCGAAAAACUUCGUCACUGCUCCACUUACGAAAUACAUCUUUAAUUAUAUGGUGUUUUUGACAGUCUUGGUAAUGUACAGCUCAUUCGUACUGACAAGUAUUGAAAAGAAUUAUUCUGAAGUAUUCCUCGCAAGAGUGUUUGAAUAUUUUGUAUACCUCUGGGGAUUAGGGGAUUUGAUUGAAGAAACCAUCAGCUGUUUUGGCUGUCUAGAGGCUAGAGGUCGCUCCCACAGAGGUUACUAUUCACGAAUGAAGAGAUAUCUGUAUGACUUUUGGAAUGGGGUUGACUUACUUUCCUAUGCAUUGCUUAUUGUGGCGCUGUUUGUACGUCACGUGCAUCAAUCUAAACCCUUUACUGACGCAAGACGCAUAUAUGCUCUCUCCCUGUUGGUCAUGUACUUGAGGUUUUUGGAAGUUUUUCUAAUCCAUAGAAAAUUGGGACCCACGCUAAUUAUGAUCAAGGAGAUGCUGAAAGAUCUUCUGAGGUUCCUCUUUAUUGCCGUAUUUGUGGUGUUGGGAGUAGGUAUAUAUUACCACACCAACCUAUGGCCUGACUACGAAGCAAUGUGGGACGGGGGCUGGCAAAACUGGAGAAUAUGGACAAUUUUAUACUACCCAUACUGGCAACUGUAUGCAGAAAUAAACCUCGAUCAUCUUGAUGGUAGUAAUGAAAGCAAUUGUACUAGUGUGACUUCAGCAGAUUCCUCGAAAUGUCCACGGGAAGAUUGGACGGUUCAGGCAAUAGCAGCGAUCUACAUGUUAUUUUCAAAUUUCCUGUUGGUCAAUCUUGUCAUCGCCAUGUUUAGCUACACAUUUGAGAGGGUACAGGAGAACUCGGAAAAGCUGUGGAGAUUUGAGAGAUACACCGUCAUCAACGACUACGACUGGAGGAUUCCCUCUCCUAUUAACAUUGUCUUUCUUCCAUACCGCUUGUUUCGCUAUUUAGCGAAACAUGAUUGUUGUUCACCACACUGUAAACAAAUUAGCAUCUUGGAACAAAAGAAGAAGGAGAAGAGAAAACGAGAGAAAAACGAAGCAUACCAGCGGAGUCUUCAAAAAAUAACAGCACUUAGAAACCACAGUAAACUAUGAUCAAUUUCACAAGGACAUCAUGAAACAUACUUACCCUUUUAUGGGAUAUAAACAUUAAAGUAACUGAAGCAUAAAGGAUGAAAGGAUUAUAGAAAUCAAUGUUUGUUGCGAAUACAAAUUUAUUUGUUUGCAUUUCUUUACUCUAUGUCCGUCCGGUGAGAAUUUAUGUUCGGCUACAUGGCCGACGCUUCGCCUACUCAUCUAGAUAUUUCAUAAUUUUAAAUACCGACACUGCGUUUUGUAAGGUCUAAAACUAUUUGGAGUAGUUGUCCUUUAAUUAAUUCUAAAUUACAGUAAUUGCCCUUUAAAUUGAUAUUCGAGCUGAAAAAAAUGACACUGUCAAAUUCCUCAAAACUAUGCGUAGGAAAAGGAGAAAGCGUAAAAAUUUGAAAAGCAACAAAACAUUAUAAGAAAUCAACGGUGUAGAGAAGAUUUUCAAAUAGUAUUUAAAAGGUGCGAUAAAUAAUUUUGAAGCAUUUAGUUGAGUAAAACUGGACAAGAUGUAAGGCCGCUCAUUGCUUGUUGUAAACACGUCUCAUUUGACAGUCCUCAGGAAAACAAAACACUUAUUUGGAUCAUUACUGAUUGACUACAGAAAUGUAUCGGGUAGAUCAAUUUAUAGGACAGCUCGGAUUCGCCUCGUCGUCGUCUACGAUAUUGAACAACCCGAUAUAUUUCCGUUGUCAGUGAGUAAGAAACCUAAUAAGUAAUACAUACUUUUUUUAUUAUAAUGUUAUGAAUUGCUGUACAUUUUAUUAUCUAUUUUCAUGUUAAAAAAUCUGUAGCUCUUCUGUUUUUAUGUCAUAAGUAAUAGAUUAAUAGUAGUUGUAGUAAAUGUGUGCAUGUUGUUAUGCAUUGUUUUAAACAUAUCCUUAUAUAUGUAAUGCAUGUCUAGCUGUUUAACAAAACUCAUUGUAGACCAUCGUCAUACAUAUACAUUGGAAAUAUGAUAUGUAUCAAAUUUCCUUUUAGUACUUGUAAUGAAAUCCAUUUUAGUUAAAAAUAAUAUCUGUUUUA